AUGGCGAUCCGCAUCACCGUCUCCUACUCCGGCUAUGUGGCGCAGAACCUCGCCGCCUCGCUCGGCCACCGCUUCUCCUCGGCCUCGGCCUCCGCCUCGGGCAGCCGCCUCCUCCACGACGGCGCCUGGCGCCCCUUCUGCAUCUUCGCCUCCACCCGCCAGCCCGAGCAGCACCGCAACAGCGGCAGCGGCAGCGACCGCCAUGACGGAGGCGACCACAACCACCCGAAGCCCCAGGCCAUCGCCGCCGGGGCUCACUCGUUGCUGCUCACGCGUGCGUGCUUAUCGUCCAAGUCGCCGCCGCCGUCUCUUGCCGUGGGGCUGCUCUCGGUGCUCGUGCAGAGGACGGGACCGACGCCUGGGACCACCGGAUCCGCGGCUUCUCUUUCAGGCUCGUCGCCGAUUUCGCUCGGUUUCAACCCCACGUCCUUCCUCCCGUUCUUGCAGACAGCGAAGUGGCUCCCGUGCAGCGACCUUGCCACCUCGUCGUCUUCGGCACCCUCUUCCCCUCCCCGCUCGCUGGCGCCUUCGGCUCCCCCCAGGAAGGCGUUGAUUGGUGGUGCUAGUGGUACUGUUACUGCUGGUGCGUCUGGUUCUGCCGGAAUUGCGACGAGCAGUGGUGCUGGUGCAGCGAUGAGCAGGAGCAACUGGCUGUCGAGGUGGGUGAGCUCCUGCUCCGAUGACGCCAAGACGGCGUUUGCAGCUGUGACCGUGCCAAUUCUCUACGGCUCGUCCCUGGCCGAGCCCAAGUCCAUCCCGUCCAAGUCCAUGUACCCGACCUUCGAUAUCGGUGAUCGGAUUCUUGCAGAGAAGGUCUCAUACAUAUUCCGGGACCCGGAAAUUUCGGACAUUGUGAUCUUCCGGGCUCCCCCAGGACUUCAGUCUUAUGGCUACAGCUCAGGUGAUGUGUUCAUCAAGAGAGUUGUGGCCAAGGGAGGAGACCAUGUCGAAGUGCGUGAUGGCAAGCUGUUUGUUAAUGGAGUAGUUCAGGAUGAGGAUUAUGUGCUGGAGCCACACAACUACGAGCUGGAACUGGUGCUUGUACCAGAAGGUUAUGUGUUUGUGCUGGGAGACAACCGCAACAACAGCUUUGAUUCCCAUAACUGGGGCCCACUUCCAGUGAGGAAUAUUGUCGGGAGAUCUAUUCUCCGGUAUUGGCCGCCAUCCAAGAUUAAUGAUACAAUUUAUGAGCCUGAUGCAAACCGCAUCGCUGUGCCGUCCUGA